AUGCCCGUGAGGGAAAAGGCUGCGAUGCUCAACUCCCUAAUCUCCAGAGACGGCGUGGAUGAACUGUACAAGACAGUGGCAAGUACAAGCGUUGAAGCAUAUGGUGUAGUCCAUAACGAAGUUGUGACAGUGCUCUUUUCCAUGGCAGGGCUUGCCGUAAGUCAAGAUGACAUGGACCAAGCCACCGAAUUCUUGAACAGGACGGUAUCAACUGUUGAACGCCUUGAAGUCAAAGGCUCACGGUCCGUUGCAUGUGCAGUUGAGGCCUGCAAGCAGCUAUACAAAAUCUUGCUCGCGAAAGAAGACUUUGAAGGAGCUCGAGCCCAAUACGACAAAUGCUUGGAAAUUGCUCGUCUGGGUUAUCGUGAAGGCUCUGUCGAGAUCGCAACAAUCCAUUCGGAAAAGGCAAGGUUGAUGAAUCAGUUGGGCAACAAAGACGAAGCUCUCGAGCACUUUGAGUAUAGCCUUGCGUCCUAUAAUGGGGCCCCUUGCGGUGGCUCUUGCAUUGGAAAAGUCAAUUGCGUGUACAACAUGGCUACCGUUCUGAAGAAGCUUGGAAGGUUAUCCGAUGCUCUGGAGAAGUUCUAUCAAUGCCUCCGCCUUGAAGAGUCGUUGCUUGAACAGCUUCACACAAAUCUCAUUCAAACGCAUACUGAGAUCUUCUGUCUUUCAAGCGAACUCAACGACAAGAUUGGUUCUUACAGAAGUGGAAUGAUGCGAGUUGUCAUCUGCAAGUACGGGCUUGGAACCGAACACCCAGAAAGCAUCAAGGAGUUUCUGUCUUUCCUUGAAGAGGACGCAGUUGAUCAAUUCGUCGGCCAAGAUAAUUUAGAAACGGCCUCAAUCUACCACCACUGGGGCGAAAGCCUUGCUUGUCAACAAUGCCACGAUCGGGCCUUGGAAGAGCACCAGAAGGCUUUAGAAGUUCGCGAGGAGGUCCUAGGUGAGCACCCAGAUAAGGCCCUCUCCCGCGCUGUUGGCGCUGCCCUAGAGAAUCUUGAAGAGUAUGAAGAUUCCUUGGCGGCUUAUAGAAAGGCGCUUGCUCUCCUUCAAGUCAUCUAUGGGGAAAUUGACCUUGAAACCGCUGUAAUCCACAAGAAGAUUGGCGAUGUUCUCGUGGAGAUGGAAAACCAGGAAGAGGCGCUCUACCGCUAUGGAAAAGCCCUCGAAAUCUACAAGGCAGAGGAUGGUACCAGUACAGACCAAAAAGAUGUAGCGGAGGUGCACAAUGCAAUUAGCGUCGUCAAAGAAAGUAUGGAAGAAUACGAUGACGCCCUCGAGCAAUACAAAGAAGCAUUGGCAAUCCAAUUGGCACUGGAUGCUGAAGGUGAUGCCAGCACAGCCACGAGCUACUAA